AAAGUUUCGUACUAGAUAAAGUUUCCAAUAAUAAUUAGUAUCAUUUUCAGGUUUGGAGUUGCAAAUUUUUAAUGUCAUGAAAUGUUGCACAGAGGUUCAUUAGCAAAUUUAUGUGAUUGUGCUUCGGCAAAGUUGAAGUCCAGCUGAGCACCAUCUAAUGAUCUUAAAUUUAAUAGGGAGAUUCUAAUGGUGAAGCCAACAGGAAAAGGAUGGUGGUUUUAGAUUUGUCGGGUGAAGACGAAUAUGUAAAUGCUAUCAAUUUAGCAUCACCCUAUUCCAAAAAUAGUCAGCAAAAACAGGAACAGUAAACAGCAAACAGUCCUCUCCAACUAAGAAAAUCAGCUUUCUGAAACUGGCCUCCUGCAGCCAUGAAGUCUCUUACAGUAGGAAGUGCUGCUCCUAAUCUAAGAAGCAAAGCAAGAGAGUAGAAGAAGGCAGGGAAAGCAACGCACCUUUUCUUAAUGGCGGAUCUUGUGGGGGCAUUCCUUGAAAUUGUAAAAUGCAUUGCCACUCCAACCUGCAACUAUGUAGAUCAUUACAAGAAUUUUGAUGAUGAUGUGAAUGAGUUGAGAGGCAAAUUGGGAGAUCUAAAUAGACGAAAACAAGAUAUAGAAUCAGGAAUUCAAGCAGAGGCUCGUGCGGGCCAAAUGGUGAAAGAAGAAGUGCAAGGUUGGAUUCAACAUGUACAAACCAUCAAUGAAGACGUGCAAACUAUUUUAGAGAAGGCGCAGAGAGUUAAAUGGUGCAGAAAAGCUUGUCUUGGAAAACAUGUGCGUAGAAAAAUUGAUGUGGUAAAAGCAAUCCAUGAACAAGGUAGUAUUUUUGAAGCUCUUGUGAUUGCAAAAGCUCCAGCCCAAGGAAUCAUAAUUCCAACAGAGAAUUUAGAGGGUGAAAAAUCUGUUAAAGAAAAAAUUUGGGAGUAUUUGAUGGGUGAUGAGGUUGGAAUGAUUGGAGUUUGUGGAAUUGGUGGAGUCGGUAAGACUACAAUGAUGAAGCAUGAAAAUGAUGAGUGCACACCCGGAUCCCACACUCGGAUGUGGGAUCCGGGUGUGCACCAAUCAUGGUCCUUUGCAUUACAAAAGAAUAUUGCUCUUGCUAUGGGUGAAACACUUAGAAAAGAUGAGGAAGAGAUGAGGCGGGCAGCAAAACUAAUGGAUAUAAUGGGAAAAGUAAGCUUUGUACUGAUAUUAGAUGAUGUAUGGGAAAAAUUUUCUCUAAAGGAUGUUGGAAUCCUGGAACCAACAGAGCAGAAUGAGUGCAAAAUAGUUAUCACAAGUAGAUCAAUUGAAGUGUGCAGUGGUAUGGCCCCUGUGGCUGAUAAGGAAUAUGAAAGGCUUUUUAAUCACAAAGCUAUUGAGGAAGGAAAGGCAGUAGAGCUCAUUUAAGCAAGAGCAAUGCAUUGGACCAAAGCAAUGAUCAGCAAGGUCUGUAAUUUCAGUGUCUGAUUGGAUUUUAGAGCCUAUGGAAUGUUUGCAUAUAAUUUGGUAAGUUUCUUCUCAUUUUUAAUUAAUAAGAUCUUUCAUUUUUC